UAAUAACAAGUAAUUAGUGGAAAUUUCAACAUUUAAUCUCCAAUAAAACACAGUUGAGCAGAUGGGGAAACAAUACCAAGAAAAUAAAGAAAAAUGGCUAAUUUCAUUGCAGAUACGAAGAACAAGAUUCAAGAUCUGUUCGUAUACCUCGUUUCAUGUGGAAAAUCUUCUAAAGAACUAGGAAAUGACCAAGGGCCAGCAAAAGAUGUAGCAGAAAACGAGCAGGACAAUGGUGGACUGAUAAUAAUAGAUGAAGCAGGAAAUGCACCAAUAGCACCAAUUACAGGUGAACAAGGAAAUAAUGCACAGGAACAACAACAAGAUUUUGCAAUAUUCCCACCCGGAGAUCCAAGAAACAAUAUAAUAUAUGAUCAACCAGAAAAUAAUAAUGAUGAACCAGCUGCAGGAAAUGAACAAUAUUAUGUGCCACCUGUAAACCCUGAAGGUAAAGCAUAUGUUCCUAGAGCUCCAGCCAAACCAGUGCCUCCUAAGGGUGAAACUGGUUAAAAUAAUACAGUCCGACCUUUCUGUAACAAUAUUCUUAUAUAACAAUCAUUUACUAUAAAAAUUUAAUUUUUCCGGA